UCAGAGUUCCUACUGACGUUUCAAGUGAGUGGAUAUUAUUAUUCGUCAAAAACACCGUCAAAAAAAAAACUCUGUAAUAAUUUCCUCUAUACCCAAAUUUCUUCGAUAAUUGAGUGCUUUUCCUUUGACAUGAAAAUAAUAGCAAAUUUCAACAUUUCGUAUGGAACACGGCAAUAGAUCCAAGGAAAGUUUGCCAGUUAUUGCUAACUCCGAUAGUUCAGACGAUUCUUCAGAUCUCGAGAGAGCGUCAGAAAAUGGAGAUGGCUUUAUACAAACUUCGAAAAAAAGACUUAGUAAGCAGAACAGCAAAUUAUCUAUUGGUAUAGGUCAAAAAAUCAGGCGUAAGAAAAAGAGGACUGUAACGCUUUGUUUGGCAAACUGUCGUUAUGAUGUCAUCAGAAAAACAUCCUCCAAAUUCGGAUAUAAGGAGGUUGGCGAGGGUGAAAAUUGGAAUAUGUACUGGACGGAUCUUUCAAUUACCAUUGAGAGAUGUAAAGAAAUGAAACGUUUCCAGAAAAUCAACCACUUCCCUGGCAUGUUAGAAAUUUGUAGAAAAGACUUGCUUGCGAGAAAUCUCAACCGUAUGGUCAGACUGUUUCCUAAAGAUUAUAAUUUUUUUCCAAAAACAUGGUGUUUUCCUGCAGACCUUGGAGAAGCACUCACCUACAGUAGGCUCAAAAAGAAUAAGACUUUCAUUUUGAAGCCAGACGCAGGGAGUCAAGGAAGAGGAAUUAUUGUUACCAAAACAUUGAAAGACGUCAGACCCUGCGAUCGAGGCAUCUGUCAAGUAUAUCUCAAUCGACCAUUUCUCAUAGACGGCUACAAAUUUGAUUUGAGAGUUUAUACACUCAUCACAUCUUGCGAUCCAUUACGCAUAUAUGUCUUCAGAGAAGGUUUGGUAAGGUUUGCAACGAGCCGUUACAAAGAACCAAAUGGUGUCAAUAUUUCCAAUGUCUUCAUGCAUCUCACGAACUAUGCUGUGAAUAAACAUAGCAGGACAUAUAACUUGGAUACCGAAGCAGGAAGUAAGAGAAAAAUUUCUUGGUUGAACAAUUACCUUCAUACAUUAGGACACGACGUCGAUCAUCUCUGGGCAAAAAUUGAUGAUGUAAUAAUCAAAACGAUCAUUAGUGCUUGGCCAAUCUUAAAACACAGUUAUGCAGCCUGUUUUCCUAAUCAUGAUGUCAUACCAGCUUGUUGUGAAUUAUUAGGCAUCGACAUUAUACUAGACAGAAGACUCAACCCCCAAAUUUUGGAAGUUAAUCAUUCACCAAGUUUUCACACCGAUACUCCAUUAGAUUUAGAAGUUAAGGAAUCUCUUCUUUCGGAUAUGUUUUCUAUGCUCAAUUUGGAACAAUGCGAUAAGAAGAAAAUCAUGCGUGAGGACAGAAAGAGGGUGAGAGAAAGACUUCUUCAUGGAUUGAAUAAGGAUGUGCCACCUCCCACUGAAGUGAAAUGUUUUGCCGAGUAUUAUAAGCAUGAAAUGAUGCAUAAGGGGGGUUUUCGUCUGGUGUACCCUUGCAAUUCCACAGAGUACAUCAAAUUUUUCGAUCAAGGUCAAGGUUCGUUGUAUUGUGAUACAGCCGCAAGCCGAGCUCGGGAAGCUGCCCAAAAUGCAAUGAGGGAUGAAAUGCUGCUGAAGGCUAAGUUAGAAGCUUCUAAGAGAGUUUCACCAAUCAUAAAAGGCCCACAAAAGAGAAAUGAUCAGUUGUUGCCUAGAACUUCAUCUAAGAUUUCACAUCAAUUUUCUUCCGCUAGGACCUCAUGUUCUUUUGAACCACAAAUGAUCGUGGAAGCUGAAGAGAGGGAUAGGCUGCAACGUCUUGCACAGAGGGAUUAUUUGAUCAGAAGUCAGGGCAUCUUAGAACACGUUUAUUUCUCUAUGAAGCAGAAUGGUACACUCAGGCAGCAAGAUCAGAGAAAAUUCGCUAUUUUCGAGAAGAUUAGAAGUGCAAGUGAAUCUAUCGUUAGCAAAAAGGGGCCAGCAAUUACGGAUCUUCUAGAAGGAAUGAGAAAUGGGACCACUACGCAGGAACCGAAUAACAGAAGGAAUUUUAUCACACCGUGGAGUGUUACAAAUAAAAGUUGAAAGAAAUGUAUCUGUGAGUUUUGAAUUUGUUGUCAGUCAGUAUUCUGAGGUCAAUAUUAAAUGUUCUCUAGUGGAAA